AUGGACGACCAAACGCAAUUUACAGAAAAGGCAUUGAGCAUUUUGACCGUUGCUCAAAAAUUAGCGCAAGAUCACCAGCACGCACAGCUACAACCUGUGCAUCUGUUAGCAGCUUUCGUGGAAACCCCAGAAGAUGGAUCGAAGUCCUAUUUGCAGAAUCUGAUCGAGAAGGCUCGAUACGAUUACGACGCAUUCCGCAGAUGUGUUAACAAGCAUCUCGUGAGAAUUCCUCAGCAAACUCCAGCGCCUUCUCAAAUCUCUCCAAGCUAUAGCUUGGGUCAAGUUUUGCAAGAAGCUGCCAAGAUCCAGAAACAACAGAAAGACUCGUUUAUCGCACAGGACCACCUAUUUUUCGCUCUACUCCAAAAUUCGAGCAUCCAAGAGAUUUUCAAAGAAGCGGCAGUACAGAUUGAAGCCGUAAAACAACAGGCUCUUGAGCUUCGUGGUAAUCAAAAAAUAGAUUCUCGCGGCGCAGACACUAACGAGGCCCUAGAGUACCUUUCAAAAUAUGCUAUCGAUAUGACGGAACAGGCCCGCCAGGGUAAACUGGACCCGGUCAUCGGUAGAGAAGAGGAGAUUAGAGGUACAAUCCGUGUUUUGGCCCGUAGAAUCAAGUCCAACCCUUGUCUAAUUGGUGAGCCCGGUAUCGGUAAAACAGCGAUCAUAGAGGGUGUUGCACAGCGAAUCAUCGAUGACGACGUGCCAAGCAUUCUGUUCGGCUCUAAACUAUUCAGUUUGGACUUAGCCGCCUUGACUGCCGGUGCCAAAUACAAGGGUGACUACGAAGAAAGACUCAAGGGUGUGCUGAAGGAAAUCGAACAGUCUAAGACCCUCAUUGUUCUGUUCAUCGAUGAAAUCCACAUGUUAAUGGGAAACGGAAAGGACGAUGCUGCCAAUAUCUUGAAACCAGCUCUAUCGCGGGGCCAAUUGAAGGUCAUCGGAGCUACCACCAACAACGAGUACCGUGCCAUUGUCGAAAAAGAUGGUGCCUUCGAGAGAAGAUUCCAAAAGAUCGAUGUUCAAGAACCCACCGUGAGGCAGACAGUUGCUAUUCUGAGAGGGCUACAACAGAAGUAUGAAAUUCACCACGGUGUAAGAAUUUUGGAUAGUGCCCUUGUCACUGCCGCUCAGUUAGGUAAAAGGUACUUACCAUACAGAAGAUUACCUGACUCUGCACUAGAUCUGGUCGACAUUUCAUGCGCUGGUGUCGCAGUGGCCAGAGACUCGAAACCCGAGGAGCUAGACUCUAAGGAACGUGAGUUACAGCUUCUUCAAGUGGAAAUUAAAGCUCUAGAAAGAGAUGAAGAAGCCGACCCUACUACAAAAGAUCGUUUGUCUCAGGCUAGACAGAGAGAAGCUUCUUUGCAAGAGAAUUUGAAGCCUCUAAGACAGCGUUACGACGAGGAGAAAAAGGGUCACGAAGAAUUGACCAGAGCCAAGAAGAAAUUGGAAGAUCUGGAAACUAAAGCAGCAGAUGCCGAGCGUCGUUACGAUACAGCCACUGCUGCAGACUUGAGAUACUUCGCGAUCCCCGACUUGAAGAAGCAGAUUGACACUUUGGAAAAUCAGGUUGCCGAAGAAGAAAGACGCGCAGGAUCCGGUGCAAUGGUGCAGAAUGUUGUCGAUAGUGACACCAUUGCUGAAACAGCCGCUAGACUCACGGGUAUUCCGGUCAACAAGCUGACCGAAUCGGAAAACGAAAAACUGAUCCAUAUGGAAAAGCAUCUCGCAUCUGAAGUUGUGGGCCAGUUAGAGGCCAUCAAAGCCGUUUCCAACGCAGUCAGACUAUCGAGAUCGGGACUAGCCAACCCCAGACAGCCAGCCUCCUUUUUGUUUUUGGGAUUGUCUGGUUCCGGUAAAACUGAAUUGGCUAAGAAAAUUGCUGCAUUUUUGUUCAACGAUGCAGACGCCAUGAUCAGAGUGGACUGCUCCGAACUGAGUGAAAAGUACUCGGUUUCAAAGCUACUGGGUACCACUGCGGGCUAUGUCGGUUACGAUGAAGGUGGAUUUCUAACAAACCAGUUGCAGAGAAAGCCAUACUCUGUAUUGUUAUUCGAUGAAGUCGAAAAGGCCCAUCCCGAUGUUCUCACAGUUAUGUUGCAGAUGCUAGACGACGGCAGAUUGACGUCCGGACAAGGCAAGACCAUUGACUGUUCCAAUACGAUCAUCAUCAUGACCUCUAACUUGGGUGCCAAUUUCUUGAGUUCUCAAUCCGGCGCUCGUGUUGACGACACCACCAAGACGUUGGUUAUGGGUGCAGUGAAACAGCAUUUCAGACCCGAAUUUUUGAACAGAAUCUCUAGUAUUGUUGUUUUCAACAAGCUGUCGCCCAAGGCCAUUCACAGAAUUGUGGACAUACGGCUCAAGGAAAUUGAGGAUCGAUUCGAGGAAAAUGACAAACACUACAAGCUUGACGUUUCGAAAGAAGCUAAAGAAUUUUUGGCCAAGAAUGGCUACUCAGAAGAUAUGGGUGCCAGACCAUUGAACCGCCUGAUCCAGAACGAGAUCCUCAACAGGAUGGCGAUCAGGAUUUUGAAGAAGCAGAUCAAAGACAAGGAGACUGUCAGGGUUGUGUUCAAACCCGGUCACGGAGAAGAACUUGACCAGCUGGAAGUCCUGCCUAACCAUGAAAGCGGUGAUACCGAAAUGGAUGUGGAUGACGACUGGGACGACCUCGAGGAGAGCUUCACGGACGGCACCCCAUUGGACUGA